AUGUACUACUCUGACCUUUUUAUUUCCUCAGCCAUCAUGUAUGUAAUGGGAGCACUUGGUCCUGCAGCUGGAUACUUGCUAGGAGGACUUCUUAUUGGUUUCUAUGUUGAUCCUAGGACAACUGUUUAUAUUGACCAGAGUGAUCCCCGAUUCAUUGGAAACUGGUGGAGUGGGUUUCUCCUUUGUGCCAUUGCAAUGCUCCUUGUGAUAUUUCCCAUGUUUACCUUUCCGAAAAAGCUCCCUCCUCGACAUAAAAAAAAGAAAAAGAAAAAGAAGAUGAACUCUGAUGAUGUUUCAAGUGAUGAUGAUGUGAUGAAAGAGAAAACAAAUAGCAAAAUACAAGCAGACAGUGCAGUUCCUGCCUCUAUGGGAUUUGGAAAGAAUGUUAAAGAGCUUCCAAGAGCAGCUGUCAGGAUUUUAAGCAACAUGACAUUCCUUUUUGUGAGUUUGUCAUACACAGCUGAGAGUGCCAUUGUCACAGCUUUUAUUACCUUCAUUCCCAAGUUCAUCGAGUCACAGUUUGGCAUCCCAGCUUCCAAUGCCAGCAUCUACACUGGUGUGAUUAUUGUCCCAAGUGCUGGUGUUGGUAUUGUCCUAGGUGGCUACAUUAUAAAAAAACUGAAACUCGGUGCAAGAGAGUCUGCAAAGUUGGCUAUGAUCUGCAGUGGUGUAUCUCUGCUGUGCUUUUCAACACUCUUCAUUGUUGGAUGUGAAAGCAUUAAUCUAGGGGGAAUAAAUAUACCCUACACAACUGGUCCCACUCUAGCCAUGGCCCACAGGAAUCUGACUGGGAGCUGUAAUGUUAACUGUGGAUGUAAGAUUCAUGAGUACGAGCCUGUGUGUGGAUCAGAUGGAAUAACAUAUUUUAAUCCUUGCCUAGCUGGCUGCGUCAAUGGUGGAAACCAUAGCACAGGGGUAAGAAAUUACACAGAAUGUGCUUGUGUCCAGAGUCGCCAGGUGAUCACUCCGCCGACAGUGGGGCAGCGCAGUCAGCUCCGGCUAGUGAUUGUCAAAACCUACCUGAAUGAGAAUGGCUACGCCGUUUCUGGGAAGUGUGACCGAACCUGCAACACACUUAUCCCGUUCCUGAUAUUUCUCUUCAUUGUUACCCUUAUAACAGCAUGCGCCCAACCAUCGGCAAUCAUAGUCACACUCAGGUCUGUGGAAGAUGGGGAGAGGCCCUUUGCACUAGGAAUGCAGUUUGUUUUAUUACGAACUCUUGCUUACAUUCCCACUCCGAUUUAUUUUGGGGCUGUUAUUGACACCACGUGCAUGCUUUGGCAACAGGACUGCGGUGUACAAGGAUCUUGUUGGGAAUACGAUGUCACCUCAUUUCGUUUUGUCUACUUUGGGUUGGCAGCUGCUCUCAAGUUCGUGGGAUUCUUUUUUAUUUUCUUGGCCUGGUAUUCCAUUAAGUGUAAAGAAGAACAACUGCAGAGACAGAGAUGGAGGGCGUCGCCGGUGAACACUGUGAGUGAGAUGGUUGGACAAGGUGGACCUCAACAAAACUAUGCACGGACUAGAUCCUGCCCUACCUUCAGUUCCCGAGGAGACAUCAGUGUGGCACAAGGAAUGAACUGCGUAGCACAGACAUACCCCGGCCCUUUUUCAGAAGCAAUAAAUUCCUUAAGUGAAAAUGCAUUGGAAGAAGUUACUGCUGAGAUAUAG